ACCCGCACAGAGGGAAAGGAUCAUAGAAGACACACGAUCAACCACCACGUUACUUCUACGAAGGACUGAAGAGAGAGACAGCAGAAUCCUCUUCACUGGACUACAUUACCUUUAAUUUAAGCUGACAUGGAGACAAUAAGACUACCCGCAGCCUCUCUGGCUCUCUUUAUUCUCCUCUUUCUCUUCACAAACUCAGCUUCAGGUUCCUAUCCCAGAGCACAGAAUGUCACUUGGAAAUCCACUAACUUUAAAACCAUACUGACCUGGGGUCCAGAACCAUCAGCGGAUUACUCCUACACUGUGCAGUUCUCUGUGGUUGGUCAGGACAAAAAGAACGACCCUAACUGCUUCCGGAGAUCGGCAACAGUGUGUGAUCUGUCCAGCUCUCUGAAAGAUCCGAAGGCCUGCUACACAGCUGAUGUCCAGUCUGAACCACCGCGGGGGGAGACCUCUGAUGUCAUUGAGCCCCCCUACACCAGCUCACCACGAUUCUGCCCCUACAAAGACACUGAUAUAGGCAGACUUGACUUCAAGCUGGAGGUGAGCGCAAACAAAAAGACCACACUGUAUGUGACUGACCCACUCACUGCCGUGUUUAAAGAUGGUCGCCAGCUGAACAUCAGGGAUAUCUUCGCAGAUGACCUGGCAUAUAAAGUCACCUAUCGUAGAAAUAAGAGCACUGGCAAGAAAGUGCACUUCUCCAAGACCAAUGUGAUAGAGCUGCCUGAUCUGGACCGAGGUGAGAGCUACUGUUUCAACGUCCAGGCCUACAUCUCCAGCCGCAGCCCCAAUAAACAGCUGGGAGAGCUGAGCCAGACCAAGUGCUCCGAAGACAAAGACCUGUCCAUCUUUGAAGAGUACUCAGUGGGUGUGAUCGCUGGUGCCAUCUUAGUCAUCUUGCUGCUGAUUGCUAUCAUCAUCGCUGUCACAGUGAUCUGCUGCAACCGCAGGAAGAACGCUGAAGGACGAAGAAGUGGAAAAGAAGGAGUUCCACUCCAGAAUGUCUAGAAUGUGUAUUCCAACACAUCACUGUGGGACCAUGCGGUACAGCUGGCCUGGAUGGAUCAGGAUCUAGUAUAACAUUCCACUGUCAAACACCGGAAUCAAUCCUUCCUUAGUUUCUGUGAAACUGCCUCUGAUCCUGUCAGGCAUAUUUUAUUCUUUCUAUAUCAUUUCAUGCUGCAGAUGAAGAGACUUUUGGAAAACACUGUUUGAACACUGCUGUACACAAAUCAUAUUGCUGAAGCUGUAAUAUUUCAUUCAUUGUCUUUUGGUGAGCGGUACUUCUGAUGACUUUAGAUAAACACUACCAACUGUUCCUAUUUAUUUCACUUUACUGUGAACUUUCUAACUUUAAAUGCUUUUUGGGGAGAAAUCUACACUUCAUGGGAUCAAGACCUAGUAUAUUUUAUUUUUGUAUCAAAUGCUUAAUUUAUUGUGUUCAAUGGGAAUUAACAUAUUUGUAAAUAUUGAUAUUUUUAGCUGUUUUAUACUUCUGAUUGUUGCA